GAAAAAAAUGCCUUCGACACUUCUUGAUAUUCAGCUUUUCGCAAACAUCCAAGACAGAGUUGCAAUUGUGACUGGGGCAGCUGGUGGUAUAGGGGCGGAGACAGUACGCUUGCUACAUGCGAAUGGUGCAAAGGUGGUUCUGGUCGAUCUUCCCGUCUCUAGAAGUGCUGCUCAAAAUAUCAUUUCCGAGCUCUCGGAUCCAAGACGUGCCCACUUCAUUCCAGGAAACAUCGCCAAUUGGAAUGAGAUGAAAUCAGGUUUCAAGGCCGCCAUCGAGCGUUUCGGAAGGCUGGAUGUCGUUAUUGCCAACGCUGGCGUCAUGGAGAGCACGCCGUUUUACCAGUUUGAAGUGGACGAGGCUGGAGACUUGAAGGAGCCAAUCGAAUCGUACAGCGUAAUUGACACCAAUCUCAAAGGCACUAUGAAUACGUUGAGAUUGGCCAUCUUCCAUAUGAGUAAGAACUCGAUAGAUCCAGUCACAAAAUCAAGAGGAUCGAUUCUUCUGGUCGCUUCGACAAGCGGCUACUUUGGUGGCACCGCAGUUGUUUCAUAUAUCUCAUCAAAACAUGGUGUAAUCGGCUUGCUGAGAUCCUCACAAAAAUUUGCGAGCGAGCAUAAUAUACGAGUGAAUGCCGUCGCCCCGUUUGUCACACCGACAUUCAUAACCAGUGGUUAUUCAGAGAAGUGGAAGGCGAUGGGCCUUCCAGCGAAUACCACCAGUGACGUAGCAAAGGCGAUUGUAAAAACUGCCGGCGACGAGACCUUAAGAGGAUGCUGCUAUCUCGUUGCAGGACAAAAGAUGGUCGAGAUUGAGAAGGCUCUCGAUACGCUUACGUCUCAAUGGAUUGGUGAGGAGAUGUUGUCCGUGUUAGUAGAAGGUGGUAAGUUCUUUGAUGAACUGGGCGGCUACCCGCUUCCGCCCUCAAGGUCAUAGCAUCGAGCGUGGCUAUGCGCGAAGGACAAAUUCUCGUGCCAAGAGCUUCAACACACGUGUUAGAGCGGCAGCACAAUCAUCGCUACAACGUGAUCUAGCCCCUAACCUGGUAUCCAACGAGAGCGCUUUGUAAUGAACGAGCUAGCUCUAAAUCCACCGCUGCGGUAGGGCUGUGUAUAGCUGCGUACUCAAGCAAUUCGAUUAUUUCUUCCCACCAUUGCAUCCAACCAGGUGGCAACGUGUCC